AUGAGGGAGAGUGGUGGCGGUACGCCUCUUUGGCUCGAGUCUUGGAAGCUACGCGACGAAGGUAGCGGAAUACUGGAGUCAUCAAAGGUGUUACUUGGAGCUGAUUCUGAUUUCAAAGUGGGUGCAGAUAUUGCCGCUUCUGAAAAUAUCAUACCCCUGUCGCCGCAGUGGCUUUUUUCCAAGCCUACAGAAAGCAAACCACCCAUUGCCACCAUGGAACCCCCGCAGACACCGGGGACCCCAAGUCAUGGUGGGCUCACUAGUGAAGCUCUUAUAAAGGAGCGAUGGCGGGGUGAUGGUGUUGCCCGUGGGGAUGGAGGACGAGAUGUCGGUAGAGAUGGCGGUCGUGACGGAGGGCGGGAUUGGAGAUCCAUAUCAUUGGAACGCAAUGCUGACAACAGUCGUCGUGAUCGCUGGCGGGAAGAGGAAAGAGAAAACAGCACUGCCGCGCGUAGGGAUCGAUGGAAAGAGGGAGAGAGGGAGACAGCAGAAACUUGUCGAGGGGAGAGAUGGGCUGAAAAUAAUGCAGGUAGAGACGCCACAGAACUCCGUCGCCUUCCGUCCGAUAGGUGGACCGACACAGCUAACAGGGAGACUAGCUUUGAGGCUCGGAGAGACAGUAAGUGGAGCACUUGUUAG